GCCGAGAAGACUCCAUUUCCCGGCAUGCUCGGCGGAGCAGGCUCGCUGUGACAGGAGCCGCAGUGGGUCAUUGCGGCGCAGCAGCUUGGCCAGGUAACGCGGUGACCAUGGAUAACUCCGGCAAGGAGCGGGAGGCCGUGCAGCUGAUGGCCGACGCUGAGAAGCGGGUGAAGUCCUCGCAGUCCUUCCUGAGGGGCCUGUUCGGGUGAGUGAGGGAUUCUGGGUAAUGUCUGGACCAGGGCCCUCUGACUGACAGCCUAUGGGGGAAGGGUGGGGCUCACUGCAACCCCCAUCACUCUCAGCCAGCCCCCUAAUCACACUCAGCCAGCCCCCUAAUCACUCUCAGCCAGCCCCCUAAUCACACUCAGCCAGCCCCCUAAUCACUCUCAGCCAGCCCCCUAAUCACUCUCAGCCAGCCCCCCUAAUCACUCUCAGCCACCCCCAAUCACUCUCAGCCAGCCUCCCAAUCACUCUCAGCCAGCCCCCAAUCACCUCAGCCAGCGGACUCCCAAUCACCUCAGCCAGCGGACUCCCAAUCACUCUCAGCCAGCCCCCCAAUCACACUCAGCCAGCCCCAAUCACCUCAGCCAGCGGACUCCCAAUCACCUCAGCCAGCCCCAUCUCAGCCAGCCCCCCAAUCACACUCAGCCAGCCCCCCAAUCACACUCAGCCAGCCCCCCAUCACACUCAGCCAGCCCCCAAUCACAUCAGCCAGCCCCCAAUCACACUCAGCCAGCCCCCCAAUCCACACUCAGCCAGCCCCCAGAUCACACUCAGCCAGCCCCAGUCACCUCUCAGCCAGCCCCCCCAGUCACUCUCAGCCAGCCCCCCCAUCACUCUCAGCCAGAAUGCACGUGGCAAGAAUCUUCUCUCUCUUUGGAUGCAUGUACUUACGUCAUCCUAUAUUAUCCAAAAUGAAGCCAGCCAAGUCAAAAUUGGGGUAAAAAUUACAGAUUGCCAUCUGGAGCAUUUCUCAAAUUAACUACCAUAUAAAUAGUUCCUAACAUAUGCCUUGAGUUUAAUAUUUUUGGAUAAGCUUCUCAAAUGAUUUAAAGAGACACUCUACUGCUCAAAUACAAAAAGGAACGAACAACACGGUUUAGUAGGUAUACCCCCAAAAACAUGGUGUUUAAAUAUGUAAAUUAUUUACAUGGGGGUAUAUCUAAAAGCUGCUGCCUUGUCUUGUCUGCAGCCAUUUCAAGUCCUCCCCUUCUAACCACACCCAGGCUUUCUGGACUAUCCAAUCAGAGACUUCCUAACGCAGCUCAAUGAGAAGUCAUUGCAAGGCAGGUACCCUGAGCAAUUGUGUCUUCUUUAGUUUAUCUCCACUGAGCUAAAAACACCAGGAAGUUAUAGGACCCAUUGUCUAAAUGACAGCGAAUGUGUUGUGACAGCAUUAAUUUAUAAAAGUGCCAAUUUCUCCUGAAAUCUGCACUUUUUGUAAUCACAGAUCACUUCAUUGUCACCCUUUAAUAUUUUUGGAUAAAAUUGUAAUGAUAUAUAUAAAAUCCUAGCUAAAAAUAUAUCAAAAUUAUUAUAAUAUGUUAUCAAAAUAUUCAAUACGUAUCAAAAAUGUUAAAUUGAAGCCAUCAUUUGUAAAAAUAAGCAGAGUCAUUGUUCACAUUAACGGAACCUUUCACUGCUAUUAUAUAGUACAUAACUACGGAAUCUGAUGGCGCUAUAUAAAUAAUAAAAUAAUAACAGUUGGCCCUUGACUUCCCAACAGUUUAGUAUCCCUGCUGUAAAGAAAGCUGAAUGCUGGAAUAGAAAGGCAUUACAGGGAAAGGUGACAAAAGGAAUGUGGGAGUUUGAAAGGAACAUUCUAAGCAGCACUGAGAUGGCAGAUUAGCAUGUAGCUUGUAGCAGAUUGUGUGUUGUUGCAGUGAAUCAAAUAAAUAUCACUUGAGAUUAUGUACAUUGUUUUUCCAUUAGAUUUUAUGAUAUUGUGUUUUCUUCAAUUAAUCACUUAUACGCAGUGAUCUUCUAUAACCAGGCUUUACACUUUAUAGUUUGUCAAAGCAGAGUUGUUUUGGGAUUUUAGGUUUUUUAUUUAGUUUCCGUAUUAUUUACAUGACAAAGUAUGGAGAUGUUUGUGUCGGUUAUGCGAAGUGUAACAAAGUAGCACUGUUGCUAUGCAUUGUGAUAUGCCGUCUCUGUGCUUUAGGAGAAUAUGUUGGACUUUACUCAAACUUUGCAUCCUUUUUGCGAAUGGCAAAAUUCCAAAGAGGCUGUCCAUAUUUUUGCUAAGCAAUCCGCAUCAAUGGCAAGAGAGCGGAGGAAAUUGCAUAACCGUAAAACCAACCAAUUGUAAAUACAGUUUUGUUAUUUUAAAAGGUGUGCUCUGUUUUGCUGGAUUUUUUUUUUCUCUUGCUGUGAUCCAUGAGUUUUUCUGCAGAUUUGGGCUAAAAGUUUAAGGCCGUAUCUAUUAUGUGUUUUGCUUGGUUUUCAAUUUGUUCAAGAUAUAAGUUUAGCAUGUAACCAUCUUUUAUAUGCUUCAUAUAAUAACCUGUACAUGUGAUGGUACAUGUGAAACUGCUGCUGUAUUCUGAUCAGAAAUCAAUCCAGACAAAAAAAAUAUUCUGGCUGUCUGCCAGUUUCCCUUUAGGAAGCGUUUUCUUUAGCUGUGUCAUUAGCCACAUUGAAUACAUAAUCCCUUCUGACAUGAUCCCCAGCAGUAAUUGCUUGGCACGGCGUUGGCUGAAUGAUGCACAAAUAGACUACCCGCAAUUGACCCGAGAAAUAUUGGCACUAGCUGUUGCAAAGGCACACUGCAUUCUUUGAUCUCUUAAUGAGGUGUUAAUCAAUUUGCUUCUUUAUGCUGUUGAGAAUUAAUCCCAGAUAUACUUGUUAUGGAAAAAAAAAAAUAUAUAGAUUAUAGUCUUGAUUUUUUUACAUUUUUGGACUAUAAAUAAUAAUAAUUAAAAAUGAAUCAUUGCUAUGUAUUUUUUUCCUGUGCCGAUUAAGGUGAGCUUCACAUUAGCCUUUUUGGUAUUUUAUUACGUUUUAUAUAUAUAUAUAUAUAUAUAUAUAUAUUUUAUUUUUUUAUUUUUUUUUUGUCCUGUGUAAUAAUUGCACAAUCCUGAUAGAUAUUAGUUGAUACUGAAAAUACUACAAAGUGGUGAUCCAUAGUCGUUACUUGCUAAAAAGGGAAUUGGAAUUGAGGAGAAUUAAGCUGGGAUUGCAAAUCUUAGCAGUAUAGCCAGAAUGGAUUUAUUCUGUAUUUUAGUCUAUUGCAGGAGUUUGCAACCUAUGCAACGGGUACCUUUGCAUGUCACGCAAGGCCGGCACCUAAAUAGGCUAGAUGGGAAGAUCAGAAAGUUGCUAAACCACCUACCUUACCAUGCAAUGCUCUGAAUCACUUGUAAUGUGCCAGAACGGAGUUAAGAGAGCUGCACUUGAUGUGCAGACUGUAAGUUUCGCCAACAAAUCACCAUGGAUUUAGGAUUCGUGACCUCAUUAAAUGCCACCCUGCCCAUCGAUCGUAAGAGGGAAGUGAGCAGAAAACAAUGUUUUUUUAUUUAAUGACAAGUUUUUAAUGACAAGUAUUACACUUUAGGCAGCCCACAUACACACUUGAACAGUCCACAUAAACAUGCAUAGUACCACAGACUGCAACACACGUAAGUAGCAGACAGCCCACAUUUACAGACAAAACCGUACAAGCCAACCACUCCACACACAAUACCACAAACAACAAGGCAUCCACAAUGCUACAUACAGCCUAUCUAUACUCUUCCAUAAGAACCAGACAUCCCGAAGGCGGAGCCUAGCAGCCAACUGGAACAGACGCAUGAUCAAUGAGCGCCUCAUCCACAGCUAUUAUAAAUGCGAGUUUUGCAAAAAUAACAAGCUGAAAAUCGAUCCCAAAGACCCACCAGAGCCAUGGGACGGAAAACAAAGAAACAGAAGCCAGACAAGCCCAAAUCGGGACCCGAUAUCGGGGACUUAUUCCGCCAGGCACAAGACGCACGGGGUGCCAAGAUGGCCGCCGACAUGGCAUGGUACUCAGACUCAUCGGACGAACUGAGUCUAGAUGAGUACACCAGCGGAAUGUUUGCCCCGCAGACUCAACCGCCCGCACCCAAAAAGCAGGGCGGUGGUGACAGGCCUAGUGGGGCGCAUUGGAGCCAUAGAGGCACACACAGACAAACUGGCCCAGGAAAUGAAGGAUCUACGUAACGAGCUACAGGCGCUCAAGAAGCAUCAAGCGUAAGCAACUACAGACCAUCGAUUUGCAGCACUUGAGGACCAAAGACGCCGCAAUAACCUCAAGAUUCGAGGUGUCCCAGACAACAUCCCGACGGAGGAACUCCCACACCUGAUGAGGAGGCUCGCGGGAACUCUACUGAAGCCACAACAAGCGAAAGUCUUGAGCUUUGAGGCGAUCUUCAGACUCCCUAAACCGAGGAAGGCCCCAUACACGGCCUCCAGGGAUCUGGUGGUGAGGUUCCGAUCCAGAACAGACAAAGUGGCUAUACUCACGGCCCUACAGGGGAAGACGCCACUCAUUUUUGAAAACGCCAACCUUACCUUUUUUUACCACUUGUCUGGAGACACCAUGCAAUGGCGCAGAUCCCUACAGCCGUUCACGACACUCCUGAGGCAAAACGACAUCACCUACAGAUGGCCCUACAGGUCCUGAAAAACAACCUGAUUCACACAGUCAAAGACCUACUGGAGGCUGUGCGGCUGCUGCCAACACUUGGCCUGCCAGAGAACUCUCUCACGCCAGCAGCCCCGGCGGGCGCAAACAGCAUAAAGCACCGAUGGGACCCAUCAAAGAUCACGCCAUUCGUGCCUCUAACAAGGCAGCCAAACAACCCUGCAAUGGCCCCAUCCUGAGCGGAGACGCACGGGGCACCACGCGGCUCUACACUAUCCCAGGAGGCGUGGUGACAGCGACUCACAGUCGCUCCUGCUCAACAUCAGGCUUUAUUUUUCUUUGUUUCCAGUUUUCUUUGUUCCCAUUGACUUUUACUUUUAUACCUGGCUGCAUUACACUGCUGGACCCUCUGAAGACCGUGCCAAACCGGGGUCCACUCAAGCCCAUUAUGCGGGACUUUUGAUGGCUUCGUGAGAUGGACUCAUAAGGGACUUCACAAGGACUCACGGUAACUCCCUCAGAUGCCCCAGGGCGCCUGGCUGUAUUGAGACCGUAAAUACCCCACACCCAGAGACUUGCAGUCCACCAUGCAGGCCAGCCCGUGAGGACCCCCGAUGGGGAUCAGUUUAUAAUUGCGUUUUGGACGCACACUUGUUUUUCCAUGUUAAUAUUAAUAAUGAUAGAAUGUAACAACACAGAGACAACCCUGACCGCACAACACGACAUACAAGCCCAAAUAGACACAAAACAUGCCAUAGGGUACUGGUUUCUACACCUGGUGUACAGGUGGCUCGGCGGAGCGCCGUCUAAAACUCAUUAGUCCAUUUACUUACGGCACGACUUAUCUGGGAGCUGCAAACUGCCCGGCAACUACUGCGAGGCAUAACAUGCCAUCACAAAACCCGCAUCGACACAGCUAAGGUGACACAGCUAAUCACAACUCACUUAACCCUACCUUGACAGUAUAGCGGCCUAGCCGAGCAUGAAUUAUUCCUCAAGGAACUGACACACAAUUUACCUAAGUACUACUUCUAAGCCGACCACUACUACACGGUAACCAAUAAUAUUGCACUAAACACACGGUAGCGUAAGCCACACUAACGCAGUUAACGAUACUCACUCACUACUAUUCUGACACUAGAAACGUUUAGUUAUCCUUGUUAUCUAUAACAAAUAUAAAAAUGUGCGCACUUCUAUGUCAGUCUAACCUCGCAAUUCAUGGAAUACGCUGUUGUGGCGUGUGUUGCUUAUUUGUAAUAAUGUGCACAACAAAAAAAAAAAGAACCAGACAUCCUAUUUGCAUACAUAAUACAUACAUCAUUCCUCAACGUACAUAAUUGUUACGUAAAAAAAUAAAAAGGGACUUCAAAGUCUUACUUUGGCACAAUGCUGCUAAAAGGUUGCCUACUAAAGGUCAAUACCACCCAAUCACAAAAGGGAUGUUGCUUUUUAUGGUGUUAUGGUUUUUUUCACAAUAUUGUCUGAUUUUUGUUAAAGGACCACUAUAGUGCCAGGAAAACAUACUCGUUUUCCUGGCACUAUAGUGCCCUGAGGGUGCCCCCACCCUCAGGGACCCCCUCCCGCCGGGCUCUGGAGAGAGGAAGGGGUUAAACACUUACCUUUCUCCAGCGCCGGGCGGGGAGCUGUACUCCUGCUCUCCUCCUUGCUCGCGACGUCAUCGGCUGAAUGCGCAUGCGCGGCAGGAACCGCGCGCGCAUUAAGCCGGUCGCACAGGAAAGCAUUUACAAUGCUUUCCUAUGGACGCUUGCGUGCUCUCACUGUGAUUUUCACAGUGAGAAGCACGCAAGCGCCUCUAGCGGCUGUCAAUGAGACAGCCACUAGAGGCUCUGGAGGCUGGAUUAACCCUCAGUAUAAACAUAGCAGUUUCUCUGAAACUGCUAUGUUUAUAAAAAAAAAAGGGUUAAUCCUAGAGGUACCUGGCACCCAGACCACUUCAUUAAGCUGAAGUGGUCUGGGUGCCUAGAGUGGUCCUUUUAAACUAUAUUGUUUAGAUUCAUAGGAGUUUCUAAACUGGUAUAAUAACCUUUUUAAAUUUUUAUUUAUUUUUAGUGGCAACAAUAAGGUUGAAGAAGCAUGUGAAAUGUAUGCCAGAGCAGCAAAUAUGUUCAAGAUGGUGAAGAAUUGGAGUGGUAUGUGCCUUGGUUGUUUACCUACUUCUGCUUUUUUUUUUUUUUUUUAAUCUUUGGAUCUGCUGUGUAUAAAAUAAAUUGGGGAUGAUUUAUAGUGACAAUUCCAUUAAAAAAAUGUAUCUUGUACAGAAAAUAAAACUAAGUGCUAUAUAGAUACUUGCAAGAGAUUGCACUUGGUAUUUUAAGAUAAUUUAUGUGCCUGUCUUUUCAAUUUUCUCUUCCAAUAAUAAUAAGAUCGACUCCAGGGCAUAAAUGAGUAAAGAUGGGAAGGAGGGGGAGGGGUAAAUAGUUACUUGCCCACUAUCCCAAAUCCCUAUCCUGCAAAUGUAAAUAACUGGUGUGUUUUUUGUUUUUUUUUGUAUUGCUCAAAUGGCCAUUGGAGUGAUAUUUUAAAAAAAAAAAAAAAAAAAGCACCAGUUAUUUAAACUCACAGGAUAGUUAUUUUAAAGGUACUUGGGCUCAUGCGCAGGUAACUUUACUUUACUUUACUUUUCUUUUUUUUUUUUUUGGAGAGCAUUGCCUAAUUUUGUGCAUUUGUAAAAUCCCUUUAUUCUUAUUCCUUGUAGUGCAGGGCUAGCUCACUUGUUGAAAUUGCACGCAGCUUAUGAGCUGAGCCCUGCCUGCACCACUAGUAAUGAUUUAGGCUUAGCUCAGGCAGAGCAUUUCCAGCUGUCAGUGGAAGGAAACGAGACCUGGGCACAUGAAAAGACACCUUAUUUACUGUAGCCCUCGAGUUAUUGUUGCUGUUUUUGGUGCGUAUCCUCGCUGACAAAACAGGGAAGCAUCAGGCUCAUUAAAAAUGACCAUGCUUUGUAUCAUAUUUCAAUCAUAAAGACUUUACAAAAGUGAAGGGUGAAAUUUAACAUACGUGUGUGUUUUUAAUGAGUUUUUGAACUUAAUAAAAUGUUAAUAUCCUGUUUGAAUAUAUACUUCUUGGUGAUUUACCCAAUUUAGGGAACUUUUUUUGUUUAUCACCGUCUUGUUUUUCAAAUGUAAACAUUGCAAUUUCUCACAAAUGAGCUAUGAUUUACAUUGCCUAAAAGGGACAUCAUUUAUGUACCAAAACCACUACAUUGCAAUGAAGUGUUUUUUUAUGCUUGCUGGUUAACUAAGAAGAAAUUAUCAUUACUAUAAGUCUGCCACUUUGAGUGACACUAGAGGAGGAAUAUCUUCUCCUUUGCUGUCCAAGGUUCCUCCAACUUAGGCAUGCAGCAUGUAUAAUAGGGCUAAGCAAAAGGUUGAUCUCCAGGGUGGUACUCUAAAGGCUGCAAAGCAUCAUGGAAGUUGCAGUUCUACACCAUCUGAGAAUCUACCUUAUGCCCAUUCAUAGGGCAGAUACACGGAUCACAAAUCCCUUUUGCCAUAAGUGCUUUAGGAGUAUCAUUUGCAUGUUUUUUUUUAAUAUGUUGUGUGUUGAUAUAAUGCUAUUUAAAAGUUGGGAUCACCGUGACACCUGGUGUUCUUUUUAAAUACUUCGUACAACAAUAUCUUAGAUCUCAAUCAGGCUGAAAUUUAUUAUUAAUGUUUCUGUAACUUUUUUUUUUUUUCUAGCUGCAGGAAACGCGUUUUGCCAGGCAGCCAAAUUACACAUGCAACUACAAAGCAAGCACGAUGCUGCCACGAGUUUUGUAGAUGCUGGUAAUGCGUUCAAGAAAGCAGACCCUCAAGGUGAGCACUUACUGACUUAUUCUAAAAUUGCUUGUAGUUAUGUGUGGAUCGUUGCUGCAGCUGGUGUGUGUGCGCUCUUUAAAUCCAUAGACUGUAGCCCUAUACAUUAUAUAAAUAAUAAUUGUGUUUUAGGAAUUGGUUCCAUUGUAGUGCACGGUAUACAGGAAAAGAAAUGUAGCACAGUGACUACGUAUAGUAAAUUGUCUAGUGAUGCUGGAAUUGCUUGGUCAGAAGAAUUAUGCAAAAACACGACCUAACGUUGAAUGUGUAGAAUAAUCCACCAUGCUCACAAUAAUAACAUACAGCGAUGAUCUGCUUCAGCAAAAGAAAAUUAAAUGUAGGGGAGGAUUACCAAGAGCCACCCAUAGCAAAAUAUACGGCUUUCAAAAAAAACAAAAACAAUCCUUAAACAUGGUGUUGGAUAGGUAAUUCUACAAAAUGACUUUGUGAAAAAUUUGGAAAAUUAAAAAAAAAUGCUGCAUUGCUUCUACAUUAAUGAAUGAAAUAACUGAAUUGCUAGCUGACAUGCUGUUUAUCUUUCUUAAUGCAUAUCAGAAGCCAUCAACUGCUUAAAUGCAGCCAUCGAUAUUUACACAGAUAUGGUAAGGAAUAGAAUACUGUGGAACUGUUAGAAAUAGAACCUGGUGAGGUAGUGCAUCAACUUCAGGUUUGCAGGUUACUACCAAUGCUGCGGUGAACAAAACCGGUACCAUUACGCUAUAUAAUCUAUCAGUUAUUACGAUCUAUAGCCGCAGAUAGUAAUUUCUUUAUUAUAUGCAUUUAUGAAAACUUAUUUACCUAAAUGUUGCGGUAUACAUUUAGGCUUGACGAUGUGAUGCAUGGAUUAGUGAUUUGUACUAAAAACUUGUGUUUUGAACUUGAGCAUGCUUGUACCACCACUAUCCAUGUGCUUUUUUUUUUUUGGCUGUAAACUGAAACUGUUGUAUUCUUCUGUCACAGGGAAGAUUCACUAUUGCUGCAAAACAUCACAUUACAAUUGCAGAAAUCUAUGAGACAGAGCUGGUAGACAUUGAAAAGGUAAGCUCCAACUUUCUGAUUUUUGCAUUUGAUUGAAGCACAUUAAUAAAUGGAAGAUGCUCACAUUUAAGUGAAUUUUGAUGACCAAAACAAAAUAUCAGAAUUUGUUGGGUCACAAUAUAGUAGUGUUUUAAAUCAUAUUUAAUUAAAUGUUCAGGAUUGUAUUAUUAGUUAUUGCACUUAAACUCAUAGAGGUGUGUCAGAUUGUACAAGGGUGAACAGAGCGCUUGUAUAAAACCUGAUUAUAUAAGUACACUUAGCUAUGCUGAAUGUAAUUUUGAGUGUGAAGCUAAUCUGCCUGCAAUCCAUUCUGGUAUUACACAAACAUGCAAUGACUAGUUUUGGAAGACCAAACGCUUCAGAAAUCUAUUUCCCAUUAUGGAUCAUGGAAAAUUGAGACCUCUGGGGUUCUGAGGUAAACCAACAUAAGCUAUUCUGAUAUUUUAACCAAGGUCCCUAAUAAUCAGCUUGUUCUAAGCCUUGGAAACCUGUCUUGUCAACCAGCCCCUUAAAUGAAGGUGUUAUGGUACCAGGAGGCUCCCGGGCAAACUCUUACCUUAAAGGGAUAAACGUUCUUGAAAGGUUUGCAUUAUUUGCGUAGACACCUGAUGGUGACAUUGUCGCUUGGUGUCUAGUGGCUGCGGGGUAUAGGGGAAGGCAAGUUUUACUUAACUGAACCUGUCCCUUGCAUCUUCCGCCAUCAGCAUCUGGUGGGCCCUCUUCAGCUCAUGGCAUUUCACCUGCCAGGAGCCAAUGUCAGUGCUGUCCUUUUGCGCAUGUGAGGUCUAUGGAGGACCCCACAAUACCCAGAGAGCCUUCAUAGAUCAGGGUUUCAUAAACCCCUUAAGGACACACGACAUGUGUGACAUGUCAUCAUUCCCUUUUAUUCCAGAAGUUUGGUCCUUAAGGGGUUAAAGGGAGAAUUUAUAGUACAUUUCAAAUUUAAGACCUAAGUAGCUGAAUUGCAAGCACAGCAGACUUAGAUAAUGUUUCCAGUUCUGCUAUUUUUACCUCAAUUUUGAAGUUCACAUUGAAUUGUCACUUUAGUAAAUAACCCUGAUUGUCUUGAAAUGAGUGAGAUACUGCCUUAUUCCCCCAGCUCUGCCUUUCGACAAGUGUUUAUUUUUUUCGUAAAGCGGAGGAAAACGAAUUAAGGCAAUGUAGUCCCUACUUUGCCUAAUGUCCUCUAGGAGAAAUAGAUUGCAAAAGUAGAACAGAUUAGGAGUAAUGAAAAGCAGAGGAACAGAUUGAAGUAAGGUAAGUAAAGGGAGAAAGAUCUGCUUUGUAUUGUUCCUUAUGCUCUAGAAUUCUCUCAGACAUCUGAAAAUUUGGGAGCAAUCCUGCAAUCUUCUGCAUUGCUUUUUGGGGAUCUGUGUUUCCUUCAAGACAAAUCCAGCUUUAUCAAAAUUCUGCACACGUCUCUUGGAACAUAUGUGAGCUAUGUUUUAUCACUCAUACAUUGUUUUAUUAUUCCCAUUUAGGCUGUUGCACAUUAUGAACAGUCAGCAGAUUACUAUAAAGGAGAAGAAUCUAACAGGUAUCAAUCUACCACCAGGCUGUAGUGACUAUUGUACAAGGAGUGCUGCCAUAACCUAAUAGUCAAACUACUAAAAUGUGUGAAAAUGAUACCUUGUUUAUAUGAAUACUAAUCCCUCCAAUGCAUAUAAAAUUGCAUGCUGAUUAUAGGGAUUUUUUUCUCUUUUCUUCUUGUAACUGAUGAAGGUGGCUCUGGAUCUGAUUACAUUAUGUUGGUCUAAAAUGUAUUAUUACGGUAUGAUUUUUGAGAUAAAUACCCAUCGUAAGAUUGAACUCCUAUAUCUAGUACGAUUAAGGUGUACGUAUUGCUGUUAAUUAGAGAUUCUUUCUGUCCAUGAUCCGUUCACUUUACAUUUCAGCUCUGCUAACAAGUGUCUUCUAAAAGUAGCUGGGUAUGCAGCACAGCUGGAGCAGUAUCCAAGAGCAAUUGAAAUAUAUGAACAGGUUUGUGGUUGUCCCCCCCCCCCCCAACUUUAAGAACAGAAAAUGUCAAGGGUAUUCAUUGAGUAUGAUCAGAAUCCAUUGUUUUAGAAGAAUUGUGUCUGUCUGUAUCAGUUGUUGACUGUAAACUAGUGACUGCAUGUUCCAUAGUGACUGUACUGUAAUUUCACAAAACACCUCUUUAAAUAUCUGGGUGGGCAAUCUGCUUAUAAGGCAGUGGAAAUACUGUGCAAUGUUUUUCAGAUCAACAUAACCACUGAGUUAGGUUUCAUAAGCUGUUUAAGUGUCCAUCACUAGAAGAGUUCUUGACUUUCAAGAAAAGUGCAAUAUAAAGAGAGGAUUUAUUUGUCCAGUAUAAACUUAAACAUUUCCUUCUGUAAACAUUGACAAUUUGACUUUUAUAUUGGGCAGGUUUAUUAUAAAUUUAAAUUAUAAUUUUUCUUUUCUUGUCUAGAUUGGUACUAGUACAAUGGACAAUCCAAUGCUAAAGUACGGUGCUAAAGAAUAUUUCUUCAAAGCUGCCCUUUGCCAUUUCAUUGUAGAUGAACUGAAUGCAAAGGUAACCUAUCCGUAUAUUAUUUUGCAAAAUUUGAUUUAUUUUGCAUAUUGAUUCACUUGGCUGAUCAUGUACACAUUUAAAAGGUGGUCAUCUUAUGUUUUGUGUCUUUGGAGAGCAACAUGUUUUCUGUUUUACAGCUUGCGGUGGAGAAAUAUGAAGAAAUGUUUCCGGCUUUUUCAGAUUCCAGAGAAUGCAAGCUCCUGAAGGCAAGUGACCACAAUGUGGGUUGCAGGUUCACAAUAUCAAAAGGGCUAAGCAUGCACAAAAGGUAAAGCCGCUUAGGGGACCAAGGAUUCCACCCAGUAGGUGUUUGUUUAUUUACUGACCCAGACCCCCAAAGAAUCCUUGAAACGUGUUUGUAAUCCAUUACUGGGACACUCAUCAAUGCAGCCCGCACCAUCUUCAUCUUCAAUCCUGAUGACUUUUGUCCAAUCGGAUGCUUCUCUUAUAGCAUUUUUGUGGACCAAUGGCACAUACGUGGAAAUUGAUGCAGCUCCCCAAUCCAUUAAUUCUCUAUAGGAAGCUUUCAACACACACAAGGUCCAGCAUCAUCAUACUUUACACACUGACGGCAGACUUCAAAUACAAUCAAUAAGGGAAUCCAUUUCUGUCCAGAACACCUACAGGCUGACUGUAUGGCAGCCAUUAGUAGGUAGGGAAACUGCAAAAUGUAAACACUGCUUUUCCUCAGAAAUGUGUUCCCCCUCCCCCAGCCUGCAUCAAUACCCCCAAAUCCCUUUAUUAACAUAAAGUGAUUUUGGUGCUUAGGCUUUCAGGAAUGGUAUAAAUGCAGUGUGUAUAAUAAUACACACUUAAUAAAGAAAAUGUCAGUUUCCAAGAUUCCAUGGGAACUUGCCAAGCCCUACAUUGGAGAUGUAGGAAACUUUGUGCAGGAUGCAGAAUAAAGAAAAAAACCAUUGCAUAUUUUAUGUAACAAUUGUUAGGAAAGGACACUGUUUAUAGAAUUUCAAUGCACAUAACCUAUUAAUAUUACUUUUGUAGAAAUUAUUAGAAGCUCAUGAAGAACAGAAUGCUGAUGCAUAUACCGAAGCAGUAAGUAUGAAGAAUAUUUGAUGUCAAACCAUUGAAUAAAAUGUCUAUUAUUCUUGGUUAAGGUAGUGGUCCUGCAAUUAGCAGAAUGUAUUUAAAUAGAAGAAAAAAGCUUCCAUUAUUGUGUAGUUUUGUGUUUGUAAGGUAAACCGUGUCCUUUAGUAGCCACUGUUGUCAAAUAUCUCAAGAUAUGUUCCAUAUUUUAUGUGUAGCAAAAACUUGAAACCCCUAAAGCAGAACUGUUCCUAAUUUCCUCUCCCCAGUGAACACGGACAUGCGGUGUUAAUUAAAAAUUGUAUAUUUGUAUUUAUUUUUAUGGCAAUAUCCAUACAUAACUUUUAGUUACAUUUUAGACAUGACAUUGCCACUUUACAAUUGGUGCCUUAUUCUAUUGUAUUUGUGAUCAGUUAUGCAAUGGGAAAUGUAUAGUCGUGUUUCUAAAUGGAUAUUCACAUGAACUUCCCCUAGAAAUAUUAUCAGCAUCUGCAUAAGCUUUUAUAAAAAUAAUAUACAGCAGGGUAAGUGGGGGAAAAAUAAUAAAAAAAAAAAAAAGAUUUAGGAUAAUUUAGAAAAAGAGACAUCAUUUAGCCUAUUAUGUCCUUAUCACAUGUAUCCUCUACAACUAUACAAAUAAAGAAUUUACAUCCAGGUUUCCAAAUAUAAAUUUUACUUAUUUUCAUCUUAGGUGAAGGAGUUUGAUUCAAUAUCUCGUUUGGAUCAGUGGCUUACCACCAUGUUACUUCGUAUAAAGAAAUCAUUCCAAUGCGAUGGCGAUGGCGAUGGCGACCUUAAAUAAAGUGGGGACAGAUGUACUGAUCCUCCCGUCUCUCCACUCCCUCUCAUCUUCCACUCUCCUUGUUUCUUGCAAAUAUUUAUUUUGCAUUCCUAGUGGCACUAAACCUGGUAACACUCAUUAACACUCAUUGUUAACAUUUACAUCACAUGUAUACUUUAAAAAGUGAAUUUGACUUUAAUAUGUAACAGGCCAUUUUUUUUAAAACCUUUAUUUUAACCAAUAUAAACUAUAUUGAUAUAUUAAAUAAUUAGCAAUAUCCUCUGUGCUGCUAAUCUUACCUGCCAAUCAAAAAGUGCUAAAAUACAGUGAUGACAGUAGUUAAUAUAGAGCUAAAUCACUAUAUGUAGACACAUUUCCUGGCUAUGCAAAUCCAACCUAUGCUGUUUAUUAAAAAUGGUCUUACACUUAUGGGCAAGUUCCCUGUUUUUGAACAUUCCAACCUCCAAGAAAUACCGUUCUCAAUUGGCUCCUGCAGAGUUAAUGACCCGACUCUGUCUUCACCUCCAACUAAAUACCACCACUAGAGUGUAGAUGGAAACUUGUGUAUCAUGUUGAAUUAGAUACAAUGAAACUUCGGUAUUCUAAAAUAAUUGGCUUUUUGAAGCUGUUGUAGAUGUAAUGAAAAAGAGACAUGAGCAAGCCUGCAUCAUACAUGUUUUCUUAUUUAUUUGGUAUUAUCCCUAACCUGAAAGCCUCCACACAUUCUAUUGAUCUAGGUUAGGCAAAUAGUUCAUAUGCAUGCUGUCAUGUAUCGAUAGAUUGUGACAGCAGAUUGCCAAAUUGAACAUUUGCUAGUACCUACAGAUAAUCUCUGCUCUCAUUGAGUUUGGAAAUUCUAUAUGAGAGCUGGGUCAUUUAAUUGCACUUAAAUAAAACCUAGUAUUUUAUGGCUCAAUUGAUUCUGAAUUGAGCAGUUGCAUACUUCUGAUAACAAGCAGGGCAGCCAUCUUUUUAAAAGUUUUGGGUUACAUUUGCAAAAGCUGAAAAAUGAAUUGUUUAGCCUAAAAGCAUAAAAAUGGAAGUACUCCCCAGCUCAAUACAUUUUUAGUCUAAUGUGUUUCCCGUCUCAAAUCUGUACAAUUCCAAGUCUUAGACUUGAUAAGGGUUUGUUACAGUUUACUAGCUCAGUCUGCAGUACUUUGAGUACUCUGAAUUCCAUUCCUGUUAACACAUACAACUAGAGGGGGGUUCCAAGUAUUUGGGUAAAUUGGUAUUAACAUACAAAUUUAUUCUUCUGGUCUCCACAGAGCAUGUUUCUCUAUUUACAGGCACUCUGUUUUAAUACAGUUGUGUGAAACGUGUUUCUUCCUUGUAAUCAACAGAGUCAAAAUUGUGUUUUUAAUGAAUGCAAUAUAAAAACGACAACAUCUAGCUUAGUUUUUAAAUUGCUUUACUGGCGUAGAAAUGCAUAUUUAUUUAUGGUUCAUAUUUCAUUGUCACAAAAAAGUAAUGUUUACAUUGAACACAAUAUCAAAGAGCUAGAUUUAGACCUUAUAAAUUGUGCUUGGCUUUCAUAUGGUCACCCUUGUUGAUUUUGUGAAGAUGUUCCACUUUUUAUCUGUGUUUUUAAUUUAAAAUGUUCUUGAAACAGUAUUUUUGCACAGUAGUGAAUAUGCAUACUGAUUUGUCUCGAUGUAGCAGCACAGUAGACACUUGUUUUUUGUAGUCUUGUGGUCGUCCGUAACCGAACAGACAGGUUGACUUUGUCUAUUCUAUUGUGAGAUAGUGAACAGCAUGUGUAUCAUGUAUUGUACAGUGUGGUGCUGCAGUUUUCAAAUGAUGUAACAGACAAUCUGUCUUCCUUUUAAUGUGUAUAAAUGUGGUCAAUAAAUCAAAACAAGAAAAUUAAGGAUUCUGUUCGUGUGUGUUUAUUUAAUUGUGUGUGUUAAAGGAAAACUCCAUA